GUUCUCUUAAUCCGAGAGCAUCCAUUUUUUAUGUACGCAGGCUGCUCAGUGUCGGAGCUCGGACACACUAAACCUGCUCAUUUUAAUUAAAAUAAUAAAUAAAUAAAUAAAAUAAACAGUGCGGGAGGAAAAAAAAAACCCAAAACAGAACAACAGCGUGCGUGUGUGUGCGCGUGUUUGCGAGAAGAAGCGCGCGCGCCCUUAUAAUAAAAAAAAACCGAGAGAAGGAGAGAGGAAAAGAAGAAAAAGAGAGAGAGAGAGAGAGAGAGAGAGAGAAAACGCCGUUUACACCAUCUUUCUGUCGGAUUUGUGUGUGCACGCGCCAACACUAAAGAGAAAUGUCUGCUCCAGCCCCCGCCGGCGCCCCCGCCCCUGAAGGAGGGAAUCAGCCUCCUCCCAACCUGACCAGCAACCGCCGCCUACAGCAGACGCAGGCUCAGGUGGACGAGGUGGUGGAUAUCAUGCGUGUGAACGUGGAUAAAGUUCUGGAGAGGGACCAGAAGCUCUCAGAGCUGGAUGACCGAGCCGACGCGCUGCAGGCCGGAGCCUCUCAGUUCGAGACCAGCGCUGCCAAACUCAAGAAUAAAUACUGGUGGAAGAAUGCCAAGAUGAUGAUAAUCCUGGGGGUGAUAUGUGUGAUCGUGCUCAUCGUCAUCAUCGUCUACUUCAGCACCUAAAGAGUGAGUUUCCUACCCCACCCUGCGCCCGAUUUACAACUAUUCAAUCACUACCCAACAAACGAGUGUAAAUCUGUGCCCUCGAUGACCCCCUGUACGGACCCCGGUCUCUCUGCGUCCCCACGUCCGGCCUCUGAGCGUGUGUGUGUGUGUGAGUGAGUGUGUGUGUGAGUGUGUGUCCUCUGUAAAUACCUCCCGCUUUUCUGAGAUCUCUGAAAGCAGACGGUAAUCCCGGUAAAUCUCUCGGUGUGUGUACGACUUGUCCUUAUUUGUAGAGUUUUAUUUGUAGAGUUCGUGUGUGGGUGUGCGUUUGUAUUUUUUUUUUAUUGUUUUAUUUUUUGUAUGACUUCUUUGGCUUGAAAAAACUGCCUAUGAAUCUGUGUGUAUAUACCGCACGAUGUGUGUCAGUUAUUCUAUGCUUGUAGUUUACUUCUUUAACCGAGAUACUCUUCCAAAACCCAAUCUCUCUCUCUCUGUCUUUCUCUCUCUCAGUGCAUCUUUCUUUCUUUCCUUCUUUCUUUUCAACAAUAGACUUUUGUAAACUGCCACAGAAAUGAUUUGGACCAAUGGCGAUAGAUUUAUAUUUUUAUUAAGUCUGUAGUGUCUUAUCUCUUACACAUUCCUUUAUCGCAGGGUAGAAUGAUGCUGUCUAUUAAAAUGAAACGCAUACAGGAAUAUUUUACAAACAGUCUAUAAUUGGCAAAAACAGUGGACGCACACGACCAGGAAAAUAAAAGGGGAAUCAGCAUGCACAAGAACCUCGUUUUUGAUGGCGCAUUUAAACCGAAAAAUAAUAAUAACAAUAAUAAUAAUAAUAAUAAUUUAAAAAUACAGCCGAGCUGCCAGCAAAAUUAAAAGCACACUGCUCGCAUUAUUUUUAAGUUACUAGUUUUUUUUUUGUUUUUUUCUCGAGAUUUUAUUAGUUUGAUUUUAUGUUUAAAUGUAGGAAUACAGUGUAUAUUUAUAAUUUUUUUGCAUGUGGAAAAGGGACCAGAUCAUCACCUGGAGUGUGUCUGUAUAUGUUUGUGUGAGUGUGCAUGUGUGUGUGUGUGUGUGUCUGUGUUUGUUGAUUUUAGCUGUCUAGUUUAUACACUGCCAAGCACCUGGGGGGGAUUUUUUGUGUGUUUUUCCCGUCCCUUUAUGUCCACACUGCUCAUACCGGUUUGCUUUUAUGCAUACAGUGAUAUAACAUAAUGCCACCUACGCACACACAAACACACACACACACACACACACACACACACAGACACACAUAUACAGGACUUCAGUCACGUAGGACCGAUCUGUCAGCAUGAAAUGAGCCAGUGAUGAUGUGCUGAGCCACACGUGAUCAUUUUUACCACACACACACAAACACACACACACACACACACACAAUUGCCCCCUCCAUUCUGUUCAUAUCUCCCCUCCCCCAUGGCCAUAUGUACAGUUCGCCAUUGGAUUAAACGACAAGGACUAACAGGCGAAGGCUAGUGUGGCUUAAAGGAAUAAGACUGUGUGUGUGUGUGUGUGUGUGUGUGUGUGUGUGUGCAGGAGCUGAGGAGGUGCCAUCUUUGAUGUUCUUAAUCAUGUUAUUUCAUAAGAAGAACAGUGGCAUAAAAAAUCUGUGUUCCAAUAAUUUUGCCUGUUAUUUGCGUAGUCAUGGAAUAAAACCUCCAGAAACUAUGCUAUUCAAUUAUGCUAGCUAGCUAACCCCUAGCUUCCACUUUAGCUAAUUUCCAUGCUGUGUAAUGGCACUGAGACUGCAUAAAAACCGUGCAGAAAAUAAUUUUUUUUAUUAUUCUGCCCAUCAGUCAUCUAGUUAUACUCUAUAAAAAAAAUUCAAGGGCAGUGCUCGCUAUCUAACUAGCUAUCUUGAUGUGAAAUUUAUAGCUAUGGCUUUACCUCAUUUAGUGGUACGCAACAGCACAGAGACGGCGUAAAAUCCAAAAACAACAGGUUAAAUAAUUCUUCUUCUUGUAUUUUCCCCCAGCAAUCGAUUAGUUGUGGAAGAAACCAUGCUGAAACUAUGCUAACUAGCUUGCUAGCUAUUAUUAACCUAUAGCUAUAGCUUGUGGAGGUCUGUGUUCAUUUCCACUCUGUUUUUAACAGCGUUACUGUUUCCAUCUUGUAUGGACGAUUGUAUGGAGCAUUUUUUUUUAAAUGAACACUCACUCAUUCAUUAAUCCCAGAACAGAAACGAUUUAAACUGACCAAAGACCUCGUCGUCUUGCUAACGCUGCCAAACUGCCAUCAAAAACAGGUUCGGGGACAAAGCGUUUUCCUUUCACGCCUCAGUCUCCUCUCUCGGACUCGUCUCGGGUUAAAAGCCCCAACCUGCUGAUCUCAGACUUUAUUUUUAGUGGACCUAAUUCAAGAAUAAUAAGUGGUGAUGAUGAUGGUGAUGAAGGUGUCCGCUAGUCUUAGCCACUCAACACUAAUAGCACAACUCUUUUAUUUCUCCUUUCUCCCCUUGUGAUGCUGAUUUAUUUGUAGCUGUUAAAAAAAAAAGAGAAAUGACUAUAUUGUGUUCGGUGUUGUGCUGUGGGGUGAAUCUGGGGGACGGGGGUCCCCACUUCUUCAGGUACAUCCAAAAAUUGACAUAUUGAAAUUAGGCUGAUUUGUUUAGCAUCGGGGUAGGACUCAUACACGACGGACAAAUCACAGAAAGGAUCUGAAGUGGAAUUAAUAAAAAAAUGGAUGUAUGUGCGAUUGACUUGAUUUCUGUUCCCUUUGUGAAGGUGAGUGUGUGAGUGUGUGUGUAUGAAGCCAUUCCUCUGUGUAUUUAUUUUAGGUUUAACAGUGUGUGUGUGUGUGUGUGUGUGUGUGUGGAUGGAGGGGGAACAGGCACGGGUAACUUCACCGCUCCAGUCUGGUUAAGUUCGUGCAUCUUCUUGUGCGUCAUCGGAGGGAAGUUUUAAAAAAAUGUUUUAAGAAAAAGGACGCACAACUUCAUCGGAUUGGCUGUAACGUUUUACCGUCCCACACAUGACGUACUUUUGUUUUAAACUCAAUUUGACCUUAUUUUAUAUUUUAUUUUUUUAGAUGUUAGUAAAGGCCACUUCAAGGAGCAGUGGGUCAGUUUCGCUUUGGGGAAAGAGGAAUGAUUUCUAUUUUAUUUUUAUUUUUAAUUAGAGGAAAUGGGCGGGGUGAAAUAAUUCGAUGACGCCAUAAUGGAAACUGGAAAAAAAAAGUCUUGUUUUUUCAGGUUCUGUUUGAGGAAUAGAACGUUAGAGGCUGCAUAUUUGUGCGUCUUAAAACAGAAAUGCAUCUGAGAGGCAAUAUGUGAAGGUUUUUCAGGCAUCCGGGUCACGAUGGAUGUCUCGUAGUAGCAAAUAAAAGCGACAGGACUUGUAUCUCAAUGGCGUUUCACUACUCGCCCAGGGCAUGUUAGGAAAUUUGUACUCAUAGUCUGUUUAGCUAGCUAGCUUAUUACAAUAUUAUUGAUGUCACACUUUGACGUAACCAAUCAUGGUUGGUUCUUGUCUGCCAGGAUGUUUAGGAAUUUGCUAGGUCUACGUCAAACUUAGCUAAAUAAUAAACAAUCCAAACCAUGAUGCCAUUAUGAACAUGGAAGAAACUGCAACGAACCAUACACCAGUUUUCCCCAUCAGAGUAUCCAGUCUCCUGGAUUCGCUACUACGAGACAUAGAACUAAGCCUGGUUUCUGAAACUAUUUGUAUUUAAUUUCUUUAUUUAUUUAAUUCAGAAAUGUAGAUUUGCGUUGCUCCUGUUCGUCUGGCCUUUUCGGAGGGACUUGGUCGGAUAAACAUGGGCAACACAGCCUACAAAGCCAGAUUUUAUUUAUUUAUUUAUUUACUCUAUCCACAUAUUUGUCUUCACCUUUUCGGAUAUUAAACAGGACAAAGUACAAUGUUACCGGAAAACCGUUCGAUAAUCAGACAUCCACUGAAACAGUUGUAGAGUAAAUCUGUCAAUGUCUAAUUAUAUCGAUGAACAUCUUGGGAUUAUAUAUAAAUAUAUAAAUAUAUAAAUAUACAUAUAUACUGGGGAAAAUAAUGACAUUAUGAUGACCUGUGUUUAUUGUUCCGAGUUAGAAAUUACAAUGUGUGUGUGUUUGAAAACAAUGACAAUGUUCAACAUAAAUUAAAUAUAUGAUU